CAGAGUCCCGCCACUCACCCAUCUUCGUUGAACAAAAGGCGCGAGCGAGGGAAUCUGGAUUCUGGCGGGCGAGCGGAGAGGAGUGGGAAAACGAUUUUACCCGCUAGGACAGGGACCUGGAUUCGUGGUUCCCGCCUUCUUCCAUCGGUGACUCUGUCCAUCAUCGCGGAGAGAGAAAGGGGGGAACGACCAGGAGAGAGAGAGAGAGAGAGAGUUGAUGGAAGGGAUUGUAUGGGAGAAUCCUCUGAACCCUCCCAAGCGCGAGGACUACGUAUUCAAGAACGGAAAACGUCUCGUGAAACCCUGCUUCUUCGAGUUCAUCUGCAACGUUACUGCUAUUGAAGCUGGAAGAAUCCAAGUUGAUGGAACACGUAUUGAUGUUACAUAUAUUGUUAAAUCUUCACAAAGAAUUAGCCACUUUGUGCACAGGUUGAAUCAAGAAAGUCUUUUAGAUUUUCCUUCUAUUAAUGCAGUUUUGGUGUGGUCAAGAGUUACAUAAUGUUGUGCAUAGUAGAUUCAGCUUCACUUGAACUAAAAUAUGACAGCAAGUUUGUUGGAGGGGGAGAAGACAUGUUGCUUCACCUUUGUUAUUUCCAUACUGCAUGCAACAAAGGACAUCAUGGACCAGUUAACCGUAUGCAUUUUUUUACCUGGCAACAAUCUAAUCUCGCAACUGUUAGCAAGCAGGGCUGGGAUCUUAUUUCUUGGAACAUGUUUCUAGGAUUUUAUUUUAUAGCCAUCAAACGGGGAUAUGAACUCAAUUCUUCUUCCCAUCAUUCUGCGUUUGCCCGCAAGGAAAGCUUCUGCACUACUAAGGUUCAAUUAUGUCGCUUUGCCACAUUUUUUCGACGAAAAUGAAGCUGCUUUGGCAAUGCAAAGUGCAUUUUCCAGCUUCGAUCUAGUCCAAGCCAACAACAGCCUUAAGGAUGUCAUUAGAUCAGGUGACAUUAAGAAUGCACGAAAGUUGUUCGAUGAAAUGCCUCAGAAAAAUGAGGUCACAUGGACAACGAUAAUUGGUGGUUAUGUUAAUGGGGUUUUGUCGAAUGAGGCCCUUGUCCUGUUCUCCAGGAUGAGGUUGGAAGUUGGAUUGAGAAUUGACCAGUUUGUCAUCAGUUUGGUACUCAAGGCCUGUGCCAACCUUUCUCAAAUGAGGACAGGAGAGGGUCUUCAUGCGUGCUCUGUGAAGACUGGUCUUGUGAACUCCGUGUUUGUUGGGAGUGCUCUUGUGGAUUUCUACAUGAAAGGUUAUCUUGUAUUGAGUGCUUGCAAUAUGUUUGAUGAAAUGCCAGAAAGGAAUGCUGUUACGUGGACCGCCCUCAUGACCGGUUUGGUGCAAGUAGGUCUUGGCAAUACAGCAAUUGUUUACUUUCGUGAAAUGCUCAAAUCUCAUGCUACAGUCGAUUCAUUUGUGUUCUCCAUAGCUUUGAAAGCUUGUGCAGACUUUUAUUAUCUCAGGCCUGGGAAGGAGAUUCAUGCGCAGGUUGUUCGGUUUGGUUUUAAUUCAAGUUCCUUUGUGGCAAAUGCUCUUGCAUCUAUGUAUCUGAAAUGUGGGAGACUGAAUGAUUCAUUUUGUUUGUUUAAAGCCAUGCAUGUACGGAAUGUGGUCUCCUGGACAACGAUGAUAGUUGGUUGUGUUAGUGAGGGUUACAUGGAGGAUGCACUGCAGAUGUUUGUCGAGAUGCUGAAGAUGAAAGUUGUUCCCAAUGAGUUCACCUUUGCCGCAGUUAUCUCUGCUUGUUCAAGUCUUGCAGCAAUAGAGAUGGGUAAACAGUUACAUGCUUAUUCUCUACGCCGUGGAUAUAUUGAUUCAAUGUCAGUUGGGAAUGCACUAGUGACCAUGUAUUCGAACUGUGGAUAUAUAACUGCUGCAUCAGUUGUGUUUGAUCAGAUGAAUGAAAGAGAUGUUGUUUCAUGGACUGCAAUGGUUGCAGGCUAUUGCCAGGAGUGUCAUGUUGGUGAAGCUUUCCAAGUUCUCUCGUGCAUGCGAAGGGCAGGAUGCAUGGCAAAUGAAUUCACAUUAUCCUGCCUACUGAGUCUUACAGCUUGUAUGGCUAUGCUGGAACAAGGGAAACAGAUCCAUGCUCACAUUUAUUCUAGCGGCUUAAAUUGGGAUCCAAUGAUUACAAGUGCGUUAAUUAAUAUGUACUCCAAAUGUGGAAGCAUGCAAGAUGCAUCCCAGGUAUUUUGUAAGAAUAAAGUAAAGGACAUAAUAUCGUGGACUGCUAUGAUUGUUGGCUAUGCUGAACAUGGUUACAGCAAAGAUGCAAUUGACCUUUUUGAGCAAAUGCCGCUGGUGGGUUUGAAACCAGAUAGUGUGACAUUCAUUGGGGUUCUUAUGGCAUGUAGUCAUGCUGGUCUUCUUGAUCAGGGCUUUAGUUAUUUUUAUUUUAUGAAAAAAACUCAUCAUAUUGAACCUCAGAGGGAACAUUAUGGCUGCAUGAUUGAUCUCCUUUGCAGGGCUGCACGUCUGGAUGAGGCAGAAAGUAUGAUCAAGAACAUGCCAUUUAAACCGGAUGAUGUCGUUCUGUCAAUUUUGCUUCGUGCUUGUAUGGUUCAGGGCAACAUAGAGUGUGGAAAACGUACAGCAGAAUGCAUCCUUGAACUGGACCCAGAUUGUGCUGGUACUCAUAUCACCCUGUCAAAUAUUUAUGCCGCUAGUGGGAAGUGGAAGGAUUCAGCCAAAGUAAGAAAGUCAUUGAAGGAAAAGGGAGUCAAGAAGGAACCUGGAUGGUCUUGGAUUAUGGUGAAGGACAGGAUUUCAACAUUUAUGGCUGGCGAUAGGUCUCAUCCACAGAGUGAUAAAAUAUAUGCCAUUUUAGAACUUCUGAUGCCAAGAACAAUGACGGUUCUCAAUGAAGAAGUGGAAUGUGGUUCUGAUUCUUAAAUUUUUAACAUUGAAAGUUAUUUUUUUGGUUCACUACAUGAAAUGGGAUAAACAUUGAUGGCUGUUUCAGCCGUCACAAUGUCUCCCUGAGGCAUGAAAAGAGGAAUGAUCCGAUGGAAUCUGUGGAAGCAUUUUUUUGUAUUUUAAAACUUUAGUGGACUAAAUAUGAAAUUUAUUGAAAAUGGGUACAACUUUCUGCUA